AUGCCAUGCGGCUGGGGACUCUCAGAUCGCGAGCAGGAACUGAAUGAGGAGCUUCGGGCGAGGAUAGCCCGGAAGGUUAAGAAGCCUAAGUUCCAUGAGACUUUCCACGUGCCAGAAGCUGAUGAGCGAGGUCGAGAAGUGUACUCGGAGACGCGGGUGCGCUUCAGGCAUGAAGUUGUGUUCUGUGCGGAGCUGCAAAACGCCUUCAUCGAGCCGGCGCACACGCAUGCACUCGACACGCAACGACACCCAACAACACUCAACGACACCCAAGGACACCCAAGGACACCCAAGGACACCCAAGGACACCCAAGGACACCCAAGGACACCCAAGGACACCCAAGGACACCCAAGGACACCCAAGGAUGCUUUGUUCGGCCGGAUGCAGCAAUGUCAGUAUAUGUCAUCGAGUACUGCUUUGGCCGGAAGGAACUGGGCCGGAGAGUGGGUUGUGUCGACAAGCCGGCCGAGCAGAGCUACCGCGCCGGCCUCGACGUGAUUCAUGAGUUCAACAUGUUUUGGUGCGGGAUGGUGCGGGCCGGUUGGAAGACUGCGUCGUUAUGUGCAGAUGGUGUGUGCUUGGAGCAUCGCUGGGAGCUAUUUGCUCAAGAGGACGCCUUUUUGGCAUGGCAGCUGUGGCCAGCUCCGUUUGCGCUGAAGGAAGACAUCGUCAAGGAAUACAAGGUGGUGGCCUCCAUGAUGGAAUCAUCUCAACAACCGUCUAGUCGCGGCAAUCAGGCACAGCAUCUGGUGCAAAGCUUGAGGGGACGUCCGCAGUUGCCAAUGCCAACAAACCUGAAGAUGGAGAAGCAGGUGUUAGGUGCAAGUAGACCGGACAGCCGCACUUCGAAUCUACCUCCGAAGACAUCGGGCAGCGAGCCUUCUGUCCCGCCAAUGCCAGCUGCAGCCACGUCACGGGCCCCCCAAGCUGCUCAAUCGGUCCCUUCCGCAUUGUCAGCGGACUUGCAUCCAGCAUACCGCAGCCUCAUCAAGGAGUACCCGUUUCAGCCAGUGCGGAAUGAACGAGGUCAGUUCGUCAACAUCAUACUCGUCAGGUCACCUUUCCGAUCUCGCCAUCAAAGAGAACUUUUUCAGCAGUACAAAAACGAGCUCUUGUUUAUUGGCAUAAGCAGCUUUGAGGACUACCCACAGCCGCCUCCAAAUCCUUUCUCAGGCAAGUUUUCGGAAACAGAGUACGUGGGUCUCUUCCCAGGCUUCUUGCAUAUGGUACGGGAGCCCGAGAGGAUCUUCCCCAGCACGGUGAAGCUACUCCUGAUGUCACAGUCUGAUUUUUCCUUGCCUCCUCCGCAGCCGCAAAUGCCGAAGAAGUAUGACUUUACCUUCUCUGGUUCAGACCAGGAUGUUCGCAAUGAUUGCGUCGGCUGGUCUUCCUUUGCAAAAAACUGGACCUUUGUGAAGGAAGCGUUGGCCGUGAUGUGUGGCGAGCUUGGCAUGACUGGUGUGCUUGUGGCAACGAAGGACAAGCAGGAUCGUAAAGCCUGCAGUAUUCCAGCAAGCUGCGAGGGCAGGAUUUUGCAGACCAAGUUCUUAUCGCAGAAUGAGUUUUUCAGCUAUGUCCAGCAAAGCAAGUUCCUCUUCGUGCCACAGGUGCAUGAUGCAUCACCUCGCGUGACGACCCAGGCUCUGGCACUGGAUGUCCCGCUGCUCAUGAACUGGAACAUCAUGGGUGGCUGGAAGUAUCUCAAUGAUAAGACCGGUGAGUUCUUUCAUGACAUGUCAGAUUUUCGAGAAAGUGUGCGGACUCUUUUGCAGAAGGUGGAUGAACGGCAGUACGAGCCGCGGCAGUGGGUCACGUCGAAUUACGGAGACCAGGUGUCUGGAGCCAGGCUGCUGAAGUUCAUUGAAGAGAAUUUUGCCGACCGCGUGAAGCUGCCAGACGGAACCCGACGUCUCUUUCCAUCCGGCGCAUGA